AAAGGGCAAGAGAACAUGGGGUUUGCCGGACUUCCACGCCUACGCAGUCGCUCCCGUUAGUUUUUUUUACUACGCGCGCUCCUCCUUCCCGGUCCGUUUCUCAUUCGCGCACUCCUCUGUAGGGUUUUGGAAUCACAAAACUCUCAAGCAUUUCCAUCAACUGCAACUCAAAACCUUUGGAAUUUCAAUCUAAGGUCGAUUAAUGUGUUUAAGAUGAAUAUCUGUACGGUGUUGUUGUGCCCUGUACUUGUUUGAAGAAAUGUCUCUGUGAAUGCUUUGAAUAGGGAGCUCGAGAUGCUGCCGAGAUGGAGCAGAGCUGUUGCUCAGCUCUCGAGGCUGGGUACGCAGCAGAACCUGAAUCUCAGAAACGAAUUCUAUGUUGUUUCGCGCCAAACCUAUGCCAGGGCUGCUGCAGUUGCUCCCGAUACGGCUUUUACUGUGGAAAAACCUCUACCUGCCGAGCCAGUGGUAAAUUUGGACAAAUUGUUUUGGUCUAAGCCCUCCUCAUUGGCUUUGGCCCCGGACUCCCCAUUGAGAAUUGAUGAGCCACAAUAUGGGAGCUUUAAGCGUGCAAUUCUUAGGAUGUUGCUGUUUUAUAGCAAACAAAGCAAGUCUAUUCGAGGGGCUAAUGUCGUGUAUAAGCGAAUUGUUUCACAAGUUGAUAAGCCGGGCAUCUAUGAAGUAUUCAAUUUGGAGAAAACCUUUAAGACAACGUUCUCUCUACUUGUACUUCAUAUGUGGCUUUGCUUACGCCGGUUGAAAGAAGAGGGAAAGGAUGGUGUUGAAUUCGGGCAACACAUAUAUGAGAUUUACAAUCAUGAUGUGGAACUUAGGGUGUCUAAGGCUGGGGUCAACUUACUACUGACUAGAUGGAUGAAGGACUUGGAGAAGAUAUUCUAUGGAAAUAUUGUUGCUUAUGAUGCUGCCGUGCUUCCGGAGGCUAAACUUGAUGAUCUGCAAAAUGUGAUAUGGAGGAAUGUCUUUUCUGACGAUGGUUCAUCACAACCAACUGGAGAUGCAUCACGAGCAGUCCAGGCUAUGGCAAGAUACAUUCGCCGGGAACUUUCUUGCCUGUCCUUAACAGACAAGGAAGCUAUGUUUUCUGGUAAUUUCAUGUUUACUCCGCUGAAGGGCGAGAAACCGAAAUCGGAGGCAUCCAAGUGAGAACCCAGCUACUCACUUUCAAGUUCCCGUUGUUUGGAAGGAAACUUUACACCAAUCAUGGACUUGUAAAAGACGAUCAAAAUAAAAUAUUUGUGCAAUUAUCAAAAUUAACUUUAAUUUUGUUUUUA